CUGCACGGAGGGAAUGUUUUUAUUUACUGAUUUUUCAGAAUGGGUUCAGUGUGAAUUACGAAGUGCGAACGAAAGGUCGUACCACAAACAACAAUGGCUGAAGUAUUAUUAGUACCAGAGCAAAUUCCUCAUGAACCAAGUUCGUCUGCAAUCGGAGAAAGUUCCGAAUGUGAUGAACCUAUGAAGAAAAAACCAAGGCUGGAAAAACCACCAGAACAAGAUGAUGAAAACCUAGAAGAUAGACUGAACGAAAUUCUGUGUUGCACCGUCUGUUUGGACCUGCCAACAUUCACGAUAUAUCAGUGUAACAAUGGUCAUUUGAUGUGUGCUGGUUGCUUCACCCAUCUCCUAGCGGACUCCAGACUCAAAGACGAGCAGCCGACGUGUCCCAACUGCCGCUGCGAGAUCAGCAAGAACCUCUGCAGCCGUAACUUGGCUGUGGAGAAGGCAGUGAGUGAGCUUCCGGCAGGGUGCCGGUACUGCAACUGUAAGCUUCCACGUUACUUGCUGGACCAGCACGAAAGACAAGGCUGCAAAGAAAGGUUAACCAGGUGUAAGUACUAUCAGAUUGGUUGUUCCUGGCAAGGACCCCAUCAUGGGUUGGAGGAGCACGAGGAGGGGUGUGGCUACCCCAAGAAGACCGGUAGUGAGGUGCUGGAGGCCAUCCAACAGAAGGAGGCUGGCAGGGACGAGGACACCAAGGUCCUCAGGAAUGUCGUCAAACUCUUGUCUUACGAGAAGAUCAACUUCAACGAUUUGCAGUUGAGGCCAUACCGCACCGAUGACUUCAUCACCAAACUGUACUAUGAGACGAGUCGUUUCUCGGCCCUCAACCAGCAGUGGGUAGUCAAAGCUAGGGUGAAUGAUGACGAGAGGAAUCCUUCUCAUACUCUGGAGCGUCGCAUCGCCUUCCAGCUCUCACUCAAGAGCCGCAUCACCAGCAACCUCGUCAUGCAGUUCAUGAUUCUCAACGGGCCUUUCAGUGAUGCCAAGGUUGAGCCACAUGUGUACCGUUUUGAAUUCACCCCUGAGAAGACGGAGACUCCGUACAACAACAUCCCUCUCAUUGACUCGGCAGAAUGCAACAAAAUCCUGGCAUCCAAGACUAUCAACUUCAGAGUCAUCAUGUUUCAAAUACCAAAAUAAGGAGAGAGGAAUACCCAAAUGGACCAACACCUAAAAUGACGAUAUAUCUCACAUUUGAUCAAUGCUAGCAACAAAGUAUUAAAAAGUCAAGCAAGCUUACAUUAAAACAGGAGAACAACAAAAAUAGAAGUGCAAAUAUCUUCCUAUCUUGAAAAAAAAAUGCUAUUAUUUUCCACUCCAAACCUUGUUCUGUGCUUUUCACCGUAAGCAUGUCUGCAAGAGCAAGCUGCUAGCAAAAGUUUAAAAAAAUACUCCUGCCAUAAUCAUGAUUUUUGUGCCAUAGAUUUGCCAAUUGACCAGUCGUUCAAUCACGGCAGCAUUGCUAUUCCUCCAUUCAUAACGGGUUGGUGAUGGUUUGGGUCAGUUCCAAAAGACAAAUGGACUUUGUACAUACACCAUGUAUUAUACUGCACUAUACUGGCAUGAUGUAUAUACCUUAUAUAAAUUGUAUCUAGGAGAUGAGGUGUAAUUUUGUAAGAAAACAACAAAGUGUAUUUUUUAUGAGGAGAUAUAUCAAUGCACUUUUAUGUAAACUCAGGCCUAAACUUUUGUAGCGAGUAUAACAAGUGUUGUCCUUUCGAUGGUUAACAGAGAAAUACAAAACAGAAUAUUAAUCCUUUAGUAACUCCUUUGGGGGGAUUGGAACAUAGAUGGUAUAAAGAUCUAAAUAAUAUAAGUUACAUGAGAGAUAUUUUACUCUUAUUGCACUAUUAAUCAUAUAACGAUCAGAAAUGAUGAUCAGAAUGGGGUACAUGCACAAUAGAGAGAGCUGUAUGUUUGUAUUAGUAUAUAGUGUAUAUAUGUACAUACAGACAUAUCCUUCCCAUUUAUUGUACAUUUUAUUGUUAAUAAUGCUAAACUGAGUAUUUAUUGCAUUAUAAAUGAUUUAAAGAUACAUGUCUAUGUGUAGCAAAUUAGAAAUAUUCAGCAAUACAGAUCAAUUUGUGUUGUGUUCAGAGUACCAGUAUUUGUUAUUUGUGUAAUGGGUGACGGUUAUUAAUAUAUAGGGGAGGAAAUCUAUAUUAUGUUAAGGGGCUACUCAAUUUGAAAUAUCCAUACCAUGCAAAAAUAUGUCAAAGAGAUAGUCAGAAUAAAGAUAUAAUUUUGGACAUUACUGUUUUAAAAUGUAUCAGGUGAUAUUGAUACAGUUCUUCCAUUUCAAGUCAAUGUAAAAUCAUGUAUUUUCUCAUGUAUGUUUGAAAAGGUUGCAGACUUUGGUGAGCUUAGAUUUUGUAAUUUAAAUUUAAUAAAAGGGCAGUAUGGAAACCUGAGACAGUAAAUGCAAGUGUAUUGUAGAUGAUUGACAUUAACACGAUACAAAAGCUAGAGCAAAGCGUGGAAGCAUUCUUAAUAUAUUCAGUGAUGUUUUAUCUCUCCUGCCGCCCCUUCCUGUCCUAUCCGAAUAUUGCAUAACCGCAUGAAUUUUAAUCUCAUUAAGCCAGCUAAGGGAAGUAGAAGUAGGGUUGUGUCAUUACAGUCAUUACAAUCUGAUUAUUGGAUCUAGUACGCAUACUGAUUUAACCCAUGUACUAUCAAAUUUCUUUAUUACCAUAGGCUUAAUACAGGGGCCAUCUGGUUCAAGCAGCCAUUGGGUUUAGGAAUAUAACAUAAUAAUGGGCCUUUUUGUGUUGUUAAUAACUUGUGUUUAUUUAUGCACUACAGAUCAUUACUACUUACAGUGAUAUGUUAUUUACUCUUUAAUAGAGCAACUUUUUAUAUAUUAGAGGGAAAUAUAUAUAUAUAUAUAUAUAUAUAUAUAUAUUAUUUAAAUAUAUAUUCUUUUAUGCCAAAUGAAACUUUAAUGUCACAAGAUGUGACUGUUCAUGUUUAAUUUGGUAAUUAUUCAGCUUUGAAAUUAUAUGAGAUUUUGGUCAACUUGUUAACAAGGAUGAAAUAAUGCAUAUGUUUCAUACGAUGGGGUGAAGGGAAAUAUAGGACUUGUAAAACAAACAUUUGGCAAGUAAAACAAAAAUGUUUGGCAACAUCUAAUUUAAAAUUCCAUGAAUCAGAUUGAAUGUCAUGGAUGUUAUUAAACCAGGAAGCUUGACUCAACAUCCAAUCCAAAGACUUUUGGCAAAGGAUUACCCCCAAAAAAAACAUUUUUCCUCAAAUAAAGAGGUAAUAGGAACAGGAUUUAAAGCUAUGUGCAUUUGUACUCUUUUAGAAUGUGUACCCUGUUAUUGGAUUAAAUGUUACACAAUGAAAGUGGAGUUUGAAUGGUUUGGUUUAGUGUGUAUGAAUGAUGUGAUAACUAUAUGGUUUAGCAUAUGAUUGUGCUGUUUUUAGUCAUCAGACACAAAAAAACACUUCUUGCCAUUUGUAAUGUUCCAGAGUAGAAUAUUCUAUGUGAUAGACAUUUUAAACUUCUUCUGUAUCCUCUUUGCACCCUGUAACUUUAAAACAAGUUUUCAUAGGACAGACCAUCCUUUUUAACAAAUCAAGUCUUACAAGCAUUCAGAGAAAAUCUAAUAUAUUUCAAAAGCGUAGGCAUUUUAAACUUAGUAUUUAUCAUAACCCUAUUAAUUAAUAUAUACAAGCAAGAAAUAUAUAUUUAUUUAAUUUUUAUGACAAGUUUCACAUACAGAUUAUUUUUUAAUGGAUGUAAGAUGAAGGUGGAUAACAGAUGGUACAAACUCGAUUGUUCUUUGGUGUGAUGUGGAUCUAGUUAAGUUUUUGUACCCAGAGCACUCUUCAGCUUGACUAAAUGUUUCAUUGCUUUAUUGUGAUUUCUCUUAACAACCAUU